CGGUUGUCAAGGCGUAAUUUUAUCGGAUGACGGACAAUACAUUGAAUGCACGAUUUUUCCAGGAUAUAAAAUGAAGUAAAUCGAGCCUUUUUGAAAUGAUAUAGGAAAACACCAAUUAUGUAAUGCCGUUUUCAUCCAUGGCGGGUAGCCAGAAAGAUGAAAUAGGUGUAUCAGGGGAUAUACCAAUUGAAACGAAAAUCAUGAAUCAAAAGAUGGAUGCAGUUGAAAUCAAGUUGGACAAAAUGACAUCAUCUUUGCAAAGUACAUUUUCAAAGCUGCUCUCUUCUCAAAUAGAUCGUCUCAUGGAAAAUGAAAGAGAUUUAAGGCCUAAAAAGGAUUUUACUAUCAGACACAGGGAAUUAAGAAAAGAUGACAAUUAUGACCGUACAUUAGAUAUAUGCAAUGUCAAAAAGGAUGAUGAUAAUACAGACGAACAUGUUUUAGAUAACGUAAAUAACACGGAUUCACCUAUCGGGAUCACAAGAAUCAGAAUACGACAGUUCAAUAAGUUUGCAACCGAUAACAAAGGGAUAUCUGAUCAGACAAACGACGGUGACAAAAUAGGAAACAGUCAUGAAUAUCCAAAGAUUACUGUUAAACAGUACAUAAGACGGACAAGUAAUGAAGAUUUAACAAGAGGAGUCGAGUCUAUCGUGCCAUAUCGUAAUGAAAUAGAUACACACCCUGACGAAGAACUUGAUACUUCAAAGGUGACUGAUUUAUCUAUUAAUCCUGGUUGUAAACCUGAAAUAACUUUUAAGUCUUCACCAGAACCAUCCAUUCUAGAUACUAGCUGUUUGGUGACAAGAAAAAUUGAAAGUAGUUCUACGUCUACAAAUAGUUUAAACAUUACAAGUCCUACAGAGGAAAGAGAAUGUAUAAUAGAAGAUUCGUUGACUAGAAAUAAGAGAGGCAGCAUUAAAACGCCAAAAGUAAAGACUCAAGGGAAGUUUGAAUCGCCAAGAAGUAAAGUAAUCAGUCUUUUGUCAGAAAUAGAUAAGAGCGAUAUCAAAAAUCCUGACAAGCAACAAACAAAAGCUAAAUGUCAAGAAUAUCUGCAAAAUGUGAAAGGAAAUAAUAAGUUUGUGCGUCCAAACGAAGAUACAUCUACAGUUGUUGGCGUAAGUAAAUAUAGCUCAGUUGAUAGACAAAUCACAAGUCCUACGUCUACAAAUAGUUUAAACAUCACAAGUCCUACAGAGGAAAGAGAAUGUAUAAUAGAAGAUUCGUUGACUAGAAAUAAGAGAGGCAGCAUUAAAACGCCAAAAGUAAAGACUCAAGGGAAGUUUGAAUCGCCAAGAAGUAAAGUAAUCAGUCUUUUGUCAGAAAUAGAUAAGAGCGAUAUCAAAAAUCCUGACAAGCAACAAACAAAAGCUAAAUGUCAAGAAUAUCUGCAAAAUGUGAAAGAAAAUAAUAAGUUUGUGCGUCCAAACGAAGAUACAUCUACAUUUAUGGGCGUAAGUAAAUAUAGCUCAGUUAAUAGACAAAUCACAAGUCCUACGUCUACAAAUAGUUUAAACAUCACAAGUCCUACAGAGGAAAGAGAAUGUAUAAUAGAAGAUUCGUUGACUAAAAAUAAAAGAGGCAGCAUUGAAACGCCAAAAGAAAAGACUCGAGGGAAGUUUGAAUCGCCAAGAAGUAAAGCAAUCCGUCUUUUGUCAGAAAUAGAUAAGAGCAAUAUCAAUCCUGACAAGCAACAAACAAAAGUUAAAUGUCAAGAAUAUCUGCAAAAUGUGAAAGGAAAUAAUAAGUUUGUGCGUCCAAACGAAGAUACAUCUACAGUUAUUGGCGUAAGUAAAUAUAGCUCAGUUGAUAGACAAAUCACAAGUCCUACGUCUACAAAUAGUUUAAACAUCACAAGUCCUACAGAGGAAAGAGAAUGUAUAAUAGAAGAUUCGUUGACUAGAAAUAAGAGAGGCAGCAUUAAAACGCCAAAAGUAAAGACUCAAGGGAAGUUUGAAUCGCCAAGAAGUAAAGUAAUCAGUCUUUUGUCAGAAAUAGAUAAGAGCAAUAUCAAUAUCAAUCCUGACAAGCAACAAACAAAAGCUAAAUGUCAAGAAUAUCUGCAAAAUGUGAAAGGAAAUAAUGAGUUUGGGCGUCCAAAAGAAGAUACAUCUACAGUUAUGGGCGUAAAUAAAUAUAGCUCAGUUGAUAGACAAAUCGGUCUAGGCAGUUCUUUAGGAAGAAAAUUGAAGAAUAUGGUUGAACAUUUAGAGGAUUACAAUGAAAGUGUAUCACCAAGAAUGUUUCAGAUUAAACAGACACUUUCGACAAAGAAAUCAUUCAGUGAUAAUAAUAACAUGUCUGCAAUAGAGUAUUAUGAUGUUGAAAAAGUAGAGACGAACGGACAUCAUAAACUGUUUGAUCAUACUAUAGGUAAGACAGAGGAUGUCUUACAUGAACAAAAUAAUAACGGCAAGCUGGCAUUGAUUAAAACUGAAAAUAUCAAACCAUUGAUAAGAGAAAGAUGUCAAGUGCAAGAUAACAAAAGUGAGACUGAAAGAGAAUUGAUGAAAGAAAAUUUAGUUGCAAAACGAGAAAAGUAUCAAAUACCAGGUCAAAUAAAUGAAGUUCGAACAGAUUCAACUAGAGAGAAAACAUCGGAUAAACAAGGACGAUAUCAAUUACCAGUUUAUAAAAGUAAUGAUUUGAUGGUAUCAAAUGAGGAACCAGUAGCGAAAAGAGAGCAAUAUGGAGUUCCAGCUCAUAAAAGUGAGGCUCCAGGUGUGUUGUCUAAAAAACAGUUAGGCGAACGAUAUACAUUACCAGUUUACGAGAAAGAAGCUCCAUCUGCGUUGAUUAAAGAAAAGCCAUUAACUAUUCAAAGGCAAUAUAAAUUACCAGUUUGCAAAGGUGAGACUCCGGUGUUAUCGACCAAUGAAGAACCAGUUGAGAUAAGAGAACAAUGCCAAGUGACACCUCAUAAAAGUGAUUUUCCAAAUAUGUCGACUAAAAAAGAGUCAGAAUUGAUAAAAGGACGAAAUGAAAUACCAGUUCACAAAACUGAGGCUCCAUUGUUGCCGACUAGUGAAGUACAAGAAACAAAGCAAGAACGAUAUACUUUUCCGGGUCAAACAAUUGUAAGUCCGACGAUUUCCUUUACAGCUCCAUCAAUGUCGACUAAAGAAGAAGCGACAGAAAGACACUAUCAAGUACCAAGUAACAAAACGGAACCCCCAACGUGGUCUAUUAAAGAAAAGCGUGAAGCUAGACGGAGAAGAUAUCGCAAACAUCAUGAGAUGAAUCAUCAAGUCAAAGCUGAGAGAAACGGCGCAACGAUGAUUCCAAUGACAAAUGAAAAAGUGAACCCAAGAGGACGGUUACAAAAUGAUCAAACAACUGUCAUUAGCAGAGAAUCUUUAACUCCUCACCAUAAAGAAAAUAUAUUCAAAAAGUUAAAUGAGCUGGUUGAAGAUGGAAAGAAAAGCAAAACACCUACAGUAAGUGAUUUAUCAACACCAGUUAAAAGCGGAACAAAAAGUGUAUCUACUAAAUAUACACAGGUUGAAAUGGUUCAAAAUCAAGUAAUGAGACGAGAUGAGAAUCGGAGUUUUACAAAGUUACCCAUUGAAUUCCAUAGACCGGAAAAGGUCUCUAGAGAUAAUCAACAUCUAGUUGGUACAAGCAUAUCAAAGCAAUCACAUCAAUAUAAAAAUAAUGAAAAUGAAGUCAAAACAAACUGUCAACGAUUACCAUCUUCUACCGCUGAAUUCAAAGCUUAUGAAAAAGUAGAGAACAAAUCCAAGAUAAAAUCAGAUGGUAACGAAGAAUCACACGUACCGUACGAAACACAGAAAAUAGAAGAUUUUAUACGAACACCGGAAACUGUAAAACUGCUAAGAUCUCUAGUAGAAAAUAUCAAUUUAGUAAAAAAUAGCGAAGAGUCAGACAAAGAAACUUAUGAAUAUCAAAUGGAUAAAGCUGCACUUCUUCCUGACAAAAGCAAUAUUUCAGACCAAGCUCCACAUUUAUCUUCUAGUAGAUUGGAAAAGUCUUUCACAUCCCAACCGAAUACAAAAAUAUCUCCUGAAGAGUUGAGUGUUUGUGUAAACAAUCAAGAUACUAGUAAAAGUAGUAGUCCCAAAACAAAACGUCAGAAGUUUCUUAAUCUUCUUGAACAACACAUUCAAAUGCUGAAAAAUCCGAAUACCGGCGAUUGCAACAUGGAUCUACCUCUAGCACCAGCAAAAGACAUAUACGAUAAAGUUGACCAUUGGAAAAUAAUACCGUUAGAACCUGAGCUCGUCCAAACAAAAGUAGCAGUUGAAGAGAGAAAUUUACAUACCAUUGACACUAAUGAGGAGAUCAAUCAAACAUAUAACAGUCAAGAAAAGAAUAACGAGAAUCAGAGGUUAAGAGGCAUCGGGUCAAGGAAAUAUUCUAAACACCAUGACAGUCGCAACACAAAACCUGGUAAACAGCAAACUCGAGUACAUUCUGCACCUGCAGAUAAUAACGUAAAAUAUACCGUAACGAAGCUACAGCAGCCAGACUAUGCACGUUUCCAUGAGACAAAUAGACAAGAUGAUUUUCAUCAAAGAAAAAAAAUACCGGUUUUGCCAUCAAAGAUUAAGAUUGUGAGAUUUUCUAAAGAUGAGCUUAAAUACAACAGCAAUAACGGAAGUUUAAUACCAACAAGACAGAUGGAAUAUGAUUCGGACAGUGAAACUGAUACAAAGAUAACCAAAUCAGAUUUUGCAACAAGACAACGCCGACAUCUUAAAUAUUUGGAAGACAUAAGUAAACAAACCAUUCAAAAUAAUAACAAAUUUCAUACAGAGGAAGUAAAAACGAGCCGAGAUUUUGUUUGUCAAAUAUUAGGACAAGUACAAUCCUAUUGGAAUCAACAGGAAAAGGAAGGGGUAUAUGGAAGUCAAGAAUAUGCCGAUAAGAAUUUAGAAACUCAGCCACUAAAUAGCAUAGAUGAUGACUAUGAGAAACGUGUCGGUGGAACAGAUGAAUACUGCAUCGAGUCAUUUGAAAAUGAGUUUAAAACUUUCAUACGUAAAGCCGUGUCAAGAAAAGUUCACCAGCUUCAAGGUGAUAUUGAUCGAGUUUUGUUGGUCAGAGAUUUUAUAAAACAUUAUGGUUAUCCUGAAACGGAUGAUUAUACAGCAUACGAUGUGGCAGAAAUCAACAGCGAAGCAGAAGACAUUUUAUUUGCAAGAUUAGAAACUCUACUGAUCUUAUGUAAUUCAUUGGAUGGAGUGGAAUACAGAGAGACCUUGAGACAACUCUUAGUUCUUCUGCAGCAUGCUUGCUUUGAUGACAAUGGUUCACCACGUGAUCAUAUUGUUAUGGACGAAUUGGGAUUGGCGUUAAAUGGAUUAACAAAUCUUACAAAACAUGAAGAAAGACCGUGGCCAUUUUUUGAACGCCAGCGUUCAUUUAUAAGGCGCCAUCUACAGAUGAUUGUUCUGGGUUUAGGAAUUAUCACAGGAAUAGCAAUGGUGUUGCUGGGACCAUCAGCUGUCAAGAUAAUGUACAACUAUAUUUUCACGUGCAUUAUGUACGUUAUUUGUAACAUUUCAAUAAUACAUACCUAUCCACCAUUAACGUGAACACUCUGUGGCAUUUUGAAUUGUAUUAUUUAUUUUUAUCCUCACUGUUCAACAACUUUCAAACAACAAAUCAUGUCUUAACCGUAUAUAUUUUAGCAUUUAAUUUUCUUGUUAAAUAAACACUCAGAAGUUA